CCGGAGGUUAGAAACCCAGCUGGCUCCUGACGCAGCGGAGGCUCCGCCCCGGGCGUGACGCCAGCGUCAGGCCAGUCCCGGCAGCCUCCGCGGUCGACCGCGGUGGAUCGCAGAGGAAUUUUCCCCGUGAGCGGCCCGGGCUCAUUUCAGCAGCUGUCCAGACCCCGGUGGGCGAUAGUGUCGCCUCCAGCCUUUCUCCUACCGCCCUCCCGUCCGUUCGAGCGCCCCCAGCCCUCCCGCGAGGGCGCCCCGGGACGGAAGGAACCACCAGCCUGUCGGCGCCCGCCGUUCUCGUGGUCGCCGUCGCCGUCGUCGUUGUGGUAGUCUCCGCCGUCGCCUGGGCCAUGGCCAAUUACAUCCACGUCCCACCCGGCUCUCCGGAGGUGCCCAAGCUGAACGUCACGGUUCAAGAUCAGGAAGAACAGCGCUGCCGGGAAGGGGCCCUGAGCCUCCUGCAACACCUGCGGCCGCACUGGGACCCUCAGGAGGUGACCCUGCAGCUCUUCACAGAUGGAAUCACAAAUAAACUUAUUGGCUGUUACGUGGGUAAUACCAUGGAAGACGUAGUCCUGGUGAGAAUUUAUGGCAAUAAAACUGAGUUGUUAGUUGAUCGAGAUGAAGAAGUGAAGAGUUUUCGAGUGUUGCAGGCCCAUGGCUGUGCACCACAACUCUAUUGUACCUUCAACAAUGGACUAUGCUAUGAAUUUAUACAGGGAGAAGCAUUGGAUCCAAAGCAUGUCUGCAAUCCAGCCAUUUUCAGGCUGAUAGCGCGCCAGCUUGCUAAAGUCCAUGCUAUCCAUGCACAUAAUGGCUGGAUCCCAAAAUCUAAUUUGUGGCUCAAGAUGGGAAAAUAUUUCUCUCUCAUUCCCACAGGAUUUGCAGAUGAAGACAUUAAUAAAAGGUUCCUAAGUGAUAUCCCAAGCUCUCAGAUUCUUAAGGAAGAGAUGACUUGGAUGAAGGAAAUUCUUUCCAACCUGGGCUCUCCUGUUGUGCUUUGCCAUAAUGACCUAUUGUGUAAGAAUAUAAUCUACAAUGAGAAACAAGGUGAUGUACAGUUCAUUGAUUAUGAAUAUUCUGGAUACAACUACCUGGCAUAUGAUAUUGGAAAUCAUUUCAAUGAAUUCGCAGGUGUAAGUGACGUAGACUAUAGUCUCUAUCCAGAUAGAGAACUACAGGGCCAGUGGCUACGUUCUUACCUUGAAGCCUACAAGGAAUAUAAAGGGUUUGGGACUGAAGUUACUGAAAAGGAGGUAGAAAUACUCUUCAUUCAAGUCAAUCAGUUUGCAUUGGCUUCUCAUUUCUUUUGGGGAUUGUGGGCUCUGAUUCAAGCCAAAUAUUCUACUAUUGAGUUUGAUUUUCUUGGGUAUGCAAUUGUUCGUUUUAACCAGUACUUUAAAAUGAAGCCUGAGGUUACUGCAUUGAAAGUGCCUGAGUAAAGAAGAGAUUUAAUUAUUCCCAAGUAGCUGAGCAAUGCUUGUGAAUUGUUUUCUUAAGAAAUUCCAAAAAGCCAAUAUUUGUUAAAAUUCUGUUACUUAAUUUGGUUAUCUUGCUUUACAAAUUAUGCCUCAAAACAACCAAUCUAUUUUUUAAAUAGACUUGAGUGAUGUCACAAUGUAUACCUACUGCUAUCAGUAUGUGGUGGAUUAGAUAUUUGUUAAAUCUGCAAAAGGUAUAAAGAUGUCAGUUUAAGCCUUUCUGUGAUAAUUUACUCUGUUACAUGUGAAUUAUUUAUUAUGAAUUUAACAUGAUCUGUGACUUCUUUCAUCUGAUUCAUUUGUUUGUUGAGUGUAUGCAAUGAAAAUGUUCCAGAGAAAUUUAAGUUUUAUCUUAGUAAGAUUAAUUUUACAAAAAUGUUCUGGUUGUUCAUUGUAACUUUUUUUUAAUCUUGAUUUUAAGUAAAAUGAAUUAUUUACCCUUGAAAUACCAGUCACUGAUUGGUAUAGAUAAUUUAGGGUAUUCAUAUAAAAAUAUCUGCUUAGAAGGGAAGAAUACAUUUAUGUCUCUGUUGGUGGUACAUCUUCUUGAAUUAAAUAUUGGUAAACAUUUCCUUUUGGGGAACUACAACUUAGAACUAAAUUCUCUUUAUAUUUGCCACAUAACCCUGGAAUAAGAAUAAUGAUUUAAUGUUACCAAAAUCUGUAGUUAGUAAUGUUUUCAAGUGCUAAA